AUGACUUGGACGCCAACUUCUUGUUUCUUAAAAGGUGUUGUCAUCAAACCAUUCAAGCCGAAAAAUAAACGGUUGAGUCUGCCAGAAUCAGAGAAUUUACCUUUAAAGAAUCUAUAUCCUGGAGAUCAAGUUUACGUUUUUGAAACCAAUAAUCUGAAAUGGGGAAGAGGAUAUGUAAUUCAUCCCAGUAUUGGUAAUGAUUUAAAAGUGAUAUCAAUAAGACUUAACGAAGUUGAUCAAUCUUCCGUUGUGUUUCCCAUGAACCGCAUUAAAAUAAUUGAUAAUAUUGAUUUUUGCAAAAUUACAAAUGAAGUGAGUUCUGAGACAGAAAAUGAUAAACCAAAUACACCCAAGUUUCCAAGAGACAAUAAUCAACAAUAUCUUAGUAUUAAAAAUCAAAUUGGAUGUGCUGUUAAUGAACUUAAUGGUCUAGUUUUUGCUUCUUAUGCUUGUGGAGAGAUUAACGUAUUCAACCAGCUCAAAAAUGUGUACCUUAAGUUAUAUGAUUACUAUUUGAGAUACAUUCAUAAUUUAUUUAACGAAAUCGAAACAAUUGAAACAAUCACAAAAUUGUUAAAUGAAGUUACAAAAAUAUUAGCUCGUGUGCCAUAUAAACCAUCUUUGUCGUCUAGUAGUAUGAUAUGGCUGGAAGUCGCAUCGAAAUAUUGCUACAUGCUAGCUCGAGAUAAAUCAAAUGGAGAAAUAUUGAAUUUAGGUAAUUCGAUACCACCAACAAUUGCCAAAGCUCAAGAAGAGCUUAUAUUAACUAACAACAAUUCAGUAAAUAUUCCAACCCAAUCUCAAUUAACACUUGCACCACAUAAUUUCAAAGAAUACAAGAAUAGUCAUCUUUUGGUCAAUAUAACAGAUGUACAGGGUGAUUCAUCUACCCAGUCAACAGGGUUACAUAAUUUAUUUCUUCAUGUUUAUCUUAGAAAUGAAACUAAAAGAUUGACAGAACCGUUUGUUUUCAAAACUAAGUCAAUUGAUGAUUUACAAAAGGUUGAGACUAUUAGCUCCAUUCUAUUUAGAAAUUUGCCAGAAGAUCAAUUUGACCAAAAUGUUUUCAUGGUUUUCGUACUUACAGAGGAAAUAAGUCUAAUGCGUAGAAAGACAUUUGCUAAUUUGAAAUAUAUAAAAAAAGGUGUGGCAGCCGGUGUUAUCAAUAUAUCUAAAGUGUUCACUCAAAACCAACCAAACUUUCAUUUUGAUAUCAAGUUAUUUGGUGCUCCAUUAGGUGGUGGUGGUAAAAAAUCAUCGAAAUCCUCUUUCAGUUGGGGGGUUUUAGUUGACAAAUUGAUUCGAGGAAAUAUCGAGGGACUUGUUGCUUCAAGUCCAAUUGUUCAACAGGUUUCUGCUUCAGUAAAACUAAUUAAACAUUCACCAUUUGGUUUAUCUACAAAAACAAAAUUUUCUAAAAAACAUUCCAAUUUGCCAAUCACUAUGAUAAAACCAAUGUUUUUCGAUCCUUUCACAGAAACAACUGAAAGAUUAUAUAUAUUAUUAGGUCAAUUGGCAUUAAAGAAAAAGAAAAAUUCUACUGAUUUAUAUUCAGUGGAAAUCAGUGCGCCAAAUAAUGAAACAAUUAAAUUCUCUCAGGCAACAAAUCAAAGGGAGAAAAAGAUAUGGCAAUUAGUUGGUGUUACAAGUAAUGAAUGUUUUGGAGAAUUUAUUAAAAUAGAUAAUAUAUCAUUGAAAAACAAAAACAAGAAAUUACCCAUAGAUGAUUAUUUGCAAUUGACAGUUUAUAUCAAUGGAGUUUUAUCUGGACAGGGGCAUCUACAUUAUAAAUCGGGUAACAAAUUGGUUGAAUAUAGAUCAAAACCACAUGCUGUAGAAAUAUUUUCCACUUCCAAAGGUAAUCAAAUCGCAAGUAUUGAAGUUUCUUCUACAUAUGUUGGGAAAUUAUUCAAUUCAGAAGUCACGAUUGAUAACAUCUUAGAAUAUGAAUCCCUAUAUCAUAGUGGAACUCCUGGUAUUGAUGGUCUUUCUAGUUCAUUGGAAUUAUUCCAAAAAGUGAAAAAGAAACAUUUGAUAAGACGGUUCCCAGAAUUGUUGACUUCGUUAUUUGGUAUAAUUAUAAUAUCUGGUGCUGAUACUGAUUCCAAUAAUUUACAAAAUUUACAGGAAAAUACCUUUAAAGCAAUUGUGUUUUUAUUGAAUAGUGUACUUUUCAAACCACAACAACAUGGUCAUUUUUUGCAAUGUUUUGAAGAUAUUUUUAUUAAUCAACCGAGAAUUGCCGUAUUUUUAUGGACAAAAUUGCGGGAAAUUUAUUAUCGUGGUGAAACGAUUUGGGAUUCAUAUUCCAAAUCUGUUGCCAAAGUUCAGGAGAUAUUGAUUCGAUUUGCCACUAAAUCUAUUCAAGGAAGCUGGGAAUUUGAAGAAUAUAAUGAAACUGUGGUGCAAUCCUACAGAGCAAUGGCACAUUUUCUUUCGAUGAAAUCAUCAUUAUUGAUUGAAGACCAAAUAAAUUUGUUAGGAAUAGUGGACCUUAUGUUGACCAAUACCAUGUAUUUUGAUAAAAGAGUUGUUCUCAAUUGGUAUGAAACAUUUAUUGAUGCUAUUAGAUUGCGAUCUUUUGGUGGACAUGAGAAACUAAUGGAGGAUCAAGAACAUAAAAUUCAGAUUUCCAAAUUACUUUUGAUACUUCGAGUAUUAGGCACAGAAUUGAACAGAGAUAAAGAUACAAGAAGUACCGUACUUUUAAAAUCCAUUGAGUGGGCUGUUGAAGGUUUCCCUGAUGUGACAGAUAUUGAAAGUGUGCGACUCGCAUGCAGUAUUCUUAAUAAAUGUUGUACUGUUAUUUAUGAAUUAUUGGUUGAAGGGGAAACUGAUAUUAUUGAAGUUUGUCAUUUUCUUUUCAAACUUUUGCCUGCUUUGUCAAGGACAUUUUUAAAAUAUAGCCACAUUGGUAACCUGGCACAGCAGAAAUCUUUUGGAACACAAUUAUUCCCUCAAGUAUACCCUUUUGAAACGGUUGCAAUUGAUCAGUCAUUUACCGAUGUUGGAUUUUGUGAAGUAUUGGUAGAACUAGCAGUUGUGAUUGGUUUUAUUGCUCGUAUUGAUAAAGAAAUUGCUGUUGAUAAUGAUGAUCGUACUUUACAUCUUGCGGACUUGUAUUCUCGUGACGAUAUGUACACAGUCAUUAUUGCCGUGAAUGAGAUUUGUAAAUAUGAAUAUUUCCCUAGCCAUAAUUGGCUCUCUUUACAAGCCAUCAUUGCUGAAAGUUCCUUAUGUGUGUUGGAACUCCUUUCUCCGGUUAUUUUCCAAAAAUAUAUCAUGGGAAUCUCUUUGGAUAUUAACUUGUGUGGUGAAUUUUUAAGUACCUUGUUGAAAUUGGCUAUCUUGGAUACAGUAGCUCUGGAAGGGUUACCUGUUUUAGCUAGAGCUGCUUCUACUUCCAUUACUUGCUCUAUUGGUGCAAGAGUAGAGUUACUUAUUGAUAAAGUCUGGGGACGUUUAGGAGAUUAUGUCAACAAACACAAACUUGAAUCCAGUCUUGCUACACUUGUUUUAGAUUAUGAUUUGAUCCAUAAUGUUGUUUUAUACACUUUAAAAUGCACCCAAACAAGGAAAACUGGCUCCAAAUUAUUAAUUUCCAUAAUGAAAAAUUACAACCAAAUUGAAGUUGAAAGACAGUGUAUUAUCAGUUUAUUUGACAUUUAUUGUAAUGGGCUAUAUGAACCUUGUGAAUCGGAUGAACUGGGAUUCAUUAAUAAUUUAAACGAAUUUUCAACCACCAAUGAAUCUGAAACUGAUCAAAUAAGUAUGUUGUUUGAUUUUGUUGCAUAUCUUUCUCGGUUUAUUAGGGUUUUAAAUCGAUUAAUUAGAGUGCCAGACACCGUUGAGUUUAAUGAUGAUAAAGUGGUGUAUAAAAUACAGGCAUUACUUUAUUUGGUUAAUGUUGGUGAACCUGAACCAUUACGUGAAUUUGUCGGGGAUCUUUAUAAAGAAACUAUUGCACAGAAAGAUCAUAUUCAAGCUGGUUUAUAUUUAGAAUUGUUGGCUUCUACGUUCCCUUGGUCACAUGGCGAAUAUGUCACUGCUUCAUUGAUUCCCGAGUUGCCCAUACAAACAAAUUUUGAAAGACGAGAAGCAUUACUUGAACUAAGUGCAGAACAUUACAUUUCUGGCCACAACUUGUCGAAAGCUAUUGAUGUGUAUAAUUUUAUGCUCAAUGCUUUCAAAAAUGAAACCUACGAUUUGUUAAGAUUAUCGCGUUUACAUGGGAAAUUGUCAUUGCGGUAUAUGGAAUUAGAAUAUCAAGACACUAUUCAACAUAGUUAUUGUCGUGUGGUGUUUUUAGGUAAUGGCUUUCCUGAAGUAUUACGUGGGAAACAAAGAAUAUAUGAAGGACAACCGUUUGAGCAUUUUACUUCUAUUCAACAAAGAAUAUUAAGCAAAUUUCCAGGGUCUGCAUUAUAUAAAGACGAUGGAACUGAUGGGAAGAAUUUAACUGGAAAAUAUCUAGACAUCACUUUAGUGUACCCUAACAAGAGUGAAAGUGGGCAUGAUAAGAAAAGUUUCUCAGUAUUGAAAAAAGUUCCAGGAUCGAGUUCUAUUUUUGAUCUAUGGACAGAAGAAACUACUUUUGAAACUAAAUCUUCAUUCCCCACAUUAAUGAACUUUAAUGACAUUGCCUCAUAUAAAGUGAUCAAAUUGUCUCCUUUGGAUAAUGCAUCGAGAACGAUCAAUGCUAAAACAAGUGAGUUAUUACGAUUAGAAAGAUCCAUACACAGAUCAAUGACAGAUCAGACCAAAUCACGAGGAUUGUUUCUUGAUUUGUCAAGAGAGUUGGCCGGUACAGUUGAUUCCCCGAUCAAUGGGGGUGUGGGACAAUAUAGAUUAUUCUUGGAAUACAUUGGUGAGAGCAAUAAUAACCAAGCUGGUAAAAUUAAAACAUUACAGAAUGCAUUUGAUGAACUAACAACAAUAUUGAAAAGAUGCUUGGAUCUUCAUGGUAGAAUUGUCCCUGAAAGUAUGCGACUGUCGCAUCAAGCAUUAGUUGAAUUAUUUGAAAAAAAUUUUAAUGAUAGAAUUGAGGCUGCAUAUUCAUCUAGAGAUGAAAGUGAUUCUUCUUCUUCUUCGAGUGAUCCUUCUACACGGCCAGUUUCUGGUGGCAUUCUGAGAUCGCAUUCAAUGACUCCAUCAGUGGCAACUAUGCCUGAACCUAGAUUAGCUAAAACUGUCACUUCUACUACUGGAUCAUCUGAUACUUCAUAUACAUCAGGUAAAAGCUCUUUUUUGAGUAAUAGUUUAAGUUUAAAGAGGAGAUUCAGAUGGAGGAAAAAUGCAAAUAAUUGA